GCACAAUCAACGCCGCUGGCAGCUCUUUUAUCGCGAUACAGGCCGGUUCCUCCGUCGCUCAUGAUCGAUCGAUAACACACCGCCUUCUCCGCUCACCAUGGCCUCUGCAUCCGUGGCGGCGCCCUCACCGGCGCCGAAGCAAGAAGACGGCGCACCGCCAGAGCCCCCAGCCGUCAAUCGCAUGGACCUGCUGUACGAGAAAUGCGCCGAGAAACCACAGGGAACUGUAUUCUUCCAGCGCGACCUGUCCAACAUGCAGGUUGCCGAAACCAUGGGCGAGCUCACAACACUGCUUCAGGAGCUAUGCGACCGCCAUCUGAUGAAGCUUAUGACGUUUGACGGCGAGCCAUGCUGGAAAUUGCGCUCAAAGGAAGAGGCCCAGAAGUUGCUUCGACUGACCCCCGACGAGCGCCUCCUCUACCACCACAUCGACCAGGUCCAAAGCGAGGGCAUCUGGUCCAAGGCCCUGCGAAUGCGGACCAACGUUACACAGCAGGUCUUGACAAAAUGCCUGAAGAGCUUGGAGUCGAAGGAUCUGGUGCAGUCCGUCAUGAGUGUCAAGUUUCCGAAUCGGAAGAUGUACCUGUUGAAACACCUUCGUCCAUCGGAAGACAUUGCGGGUGGACCCUGGCAAUCCGAAGGCGACUUCGACACCGCCCUCAUUGAGGCCAUAUCUGGCGUGGUGGCGCAAUUCAUCGAGCAGGAGACUUGCACAAAAGUCCCAGGCAACUGGAACGACUAUGCGCCUGCACACAGAAUCGCUGCGGUUGCGCAGAAGAAGGCGCACGUCCAACGUGUGCGGGACAUUGAAGAUGCACCUCCCGUGAGACCAUAUCGGCCGCCAAUGCAUCCCCACCAGACGAAGGUCGUACACAAGAACAACCCACACUAUCCCACCGCUGCGUCUGUAGCUGAGUGGCUCAACGCUAAGGAGGUGAUCAAAGGCAAGGUGGUGCGCGAAGCGGACAUGGACCAGCUCCUCGAGAUGAUGGUUCUUGAUGGACGACUGGAAAAGAUCUCUGGCACAAACUACCGGACGGUGCUGAGCGCCACGGACACAAAGGUUUUCAACGGCUUCGUCGAUGCGCCUUGCGGCAAUUGUCCAGUGUUCGAUCUUUGCGGCGACGAAGGAGACAUCUCAGCGAGAACCUGUAUCUACUUCGGGGAUUGGCUGGCUACCGAGUCGGAGGCAGUCUAAAAGUGUUUCGAGACCAUAGCGACGGCGUUCUCGGAUAUAGAAGCAUUUAUGGUUGUAGUCUAAGGGAGGUAUAUACCAUCAUACUGCCAUUACUUCGAAUCUAUUAAUUUAACCAGAACCAAUAGACUAACAAAGUCCUCUUUUCUCGCAGCAGUCGCCCCAAACGCUCGUUUCCCGGCCGCAAUCCAGUAACACAAAUGCAGGCCGACAUGUAUUUGGCGG